CAUGCGUUUUCGCUUUCCCAAUUCUUUCCCAUCUUUUCGUUAAGAAUAAAAACUACUUGACUUCGUUACAACCACAUCAACGCAUUGCCCCACUUUGAUUUCCUUGUUAACCUUGAACCUUAAACCUUAAACGAAUUAACCUUAAAUUCACCAUGACCCAAUCUAAGUCUAACAACCAAACGACAAAUUCUCCGUCAGUUAAAGAAGAAAGAGCAAAGCAAGAAUAUGAGGGUAUAAUGGAUCCUCAGAAAUGCUAUCAUAACAGGGAAACUCAUGGUCUGCAUAGUGGCAUCGAUGAGAACUCUUCAAUGGAUGAUGUUAGGGCUCCAAAUGUGUUUGAGCGUGCAAAGGAGGAGAUUCAAGCCCUUGUUCAAGUGUUACAUCACAAGAAAAAUGAUCCAACUUGUGAUAUAAGGGACGAAAAUCAAAUGGAUCAGUCAUCAAAACAUAAAGAAGAAGCCCCAAACUCUCCAUCAGUGGCAGAAAUGAAAACAAAGGCAGCAAGCAUACUUCGGAAAGCUAAGAAAGAGAUUAAAAGCAUCAUACACCAUGAUAAGUCUGAACACCAUCAUCAUAAAGAAACUCAUGGAAGGAAUGAUGAUAUUAAUGAGAGCACCCCUACCAAUGAAGUUAAGGGCCCCAAUGUAUAUGAAAGAGUAAAAGAAGAAUUUGAAGCUGUUUUCCAAGCUAUACAUCCUAAGAAUAAGAAGGAAACCUGACAAUUUUCCUGCCUUACCAUAUGUUGAAUCCAGUUUGAUUAGGAGGAUUAUGUGCCUAUGAUGUAAACUGUAAACAUAUGCUUAUGUAUAUUUUUUUAAUUUUGCA